AUGGAUCCAGGUGCGUCAAUUCCGGGUACUCCACCAAGCGUCUUUAUUGCCAUUUGCGAAAAUAUCCAUCUUAUGCCGCUUGGUGGAAUCGAAAAAUCAAGAGACGGUCAAUAUUUGAUCCUUUUACACCGAGGAUUGAGUAUGCAGCCUCCCACACAACAUCUACAGGUUACCACUUUAUGCCCUUUUACCGCUCUUCUGUUGAACAGAUGGACUAUCAUUGUUCUACAAGGGCCGAUGGUAUAUUCCCAUGGAACAUAUAUGAUCCUUAUGUUUUACUUGUCCUUAUCCAGAUUCACUAGAAUACGUGCUCGGUUUAUACCAAAUGGUAUUACCAAGUCUUUCCUAUCCAUGGGAUGCAAGGGUAAAUAUGGCAGCUUUGCCAUGACAUGGCCGUUGAUGUAUUCCCCUACUAUUUCCAUGAAAUGGUACGAUAAUUCAAAACCAUACCCUAGCUACAGCACUAUGCUAUACUUGUAG